GGGGAUCGUGACGUCACCGCGCUGCCAUUGGCAACCGCGCGACGGUCACGUGGCGGCGCCGGCCGCGGUGACGUCACGCGCAGGUGCGGCUUCCGGGCGAUGAGGAACGCGAAGCGGCAGGCGGCACGACGAGGACGACGACGACGACGAUGAUGAUGAUGAGGUGGUGGUGGUGGUGCGUCGGGCAGUGAGGAGUGACCGGGUAGCCCAGUGACCCCGUGAGCUCUCGACCACCGCCACCGCGACCGCUCCGGGGGGCCAUGGGCUCGGGGCUCCUCCCGGGCCUCGUCCUGAGCCUCGCGCUGUGCCUGCGUGCCGGCUCAGGAUUGCGAGUCGUCACUGAAUACUUCACCCAAGGUCCCGAGAAACUCUCCUUUUACCACUCCUACACCAACGUGAAGCUCUUCCACUUCUCGCUGCCCGAGGACACGACGCUGGCGCUUUGGAACCUGGUGGCGUUUAAAGAGAGAGGCGCAGGGCUGGGACAGGACUGCCCCGACCAUGACAUAUUCGUGUACCUGCGGGCGGGGGCACCUCCGGUUAUAAACCCCCUCAAUACCAGCUUUCCCGACAACACGCUCGUGCCUGGCCUGCUGAGCCUCACGUUGCCUUGGGUGUCGCCCAACAAGACCACGGGCAGCCUCAACAUCACCGCCCCGCUGCCCGGCCCGUGGUUUCUGGCUGCCCAUCUGCCGCGCGACGACGGCAAGAUUUCGGUCAAGGGCCUCACGGCCGAGUGCCACUACUUGUUUCAGCCACAGCUGAUUGUGCAGCGCGUCACGGGGCUGCCCAUCCUCUACCCGCACUCACCCCUGCCGCUGGACAUUUUGAAUGGCAACAGCAGUGUGCUGAGCAAGGUGUACGUCCCGGAGUUUUCCACCCUCCUGACUCUCUCCGUCACCAACUGUUCCGUGGCUGGCAGCCAGGCGGGGAAUGGCUCCCUUACCAGCUGUCCCAUCAGAAUUCAGCUCCGCCCCAAAGCUCCGCCGGUGAGCAACUCGAGCACGCGGGACUGCCCGAGCGGAGGAGCCGAAUGCUCGCUCUCCGUGUCGCCCCUGUGGGGCGUGUGGUACUACAUCUCCGUGGAGAAGCUCGCCACAAACGCCAACGUCACUUUCCUCAUCUCCGCGCUCGUCACAGACUGCUCCCAGUAUGGCCCCGCCGCCAGCGGGUACCAGCGCGACGCGGACCUGUCGCCGUCGGGAAACUGGAGCGCGAGGACCGACGUCCCCGCCGGCGUCCCCGAGCUGUGCCUGCCCGUGCGGCCCACGUUGCGCAACGACCUCAACACGCUGUCGACGCAGUUCUUCGUUUUCUACGGCCCCAACGUGACGGUGACCAGCGCUUCGCCCGUCACGCUCAGCCUGCAGCUGGGGCCGCUGCUUGACGGGGGAGCCACGCUCAACUUUGAGAUCGCGCUCAAUAUGAGCUCCGUGCAAGGCCACAACGUGACGGUGCUCGCCUGCCUGAACCCGGACGUGCCGCUCGUCUCACUCAACUCCACCCUGGCGUGCAGCACCAUGAGCUCCGAGGGCAGCCUAGUGUGGGUUCGGCCCGGAGCCGAACGGGCUCGCCUGCUGCUGCCCUUUCCCCAGCCGGGGCGCUGGUACGUGACGUUGCGGACCCUCUGCGGGACCAACAGCUCCCUGGCGGAGUGCGCCAACACGAGCGCCCAGGUCAGCCUCCGCAUGUUCCUGUCGCCGUGCAUCGACAGCUGCGGGACGUACGGGGAGUGCCACCUCUUGCGCUCCUACUCCUACAUGCUGGCUGCCUGUCGCUGCCGCGCCGAUUGGGAUGGCUGGGGCUGUACGGAUGGCAGAAACGCUCUGUCCUACAGGGAGCAGAUGAUCCACGUGAUUCUGCUCACGUUCAGCAACCUUCUCUUCAUCCCGCCCAUCGUCAUCGCCCUGCGUAACCACCUCCUCAUGGAAGCCUCCGUCUACACCUACACCAUGUUCUUCUCCACGUUUUACCACGCCUGCGACCAGCCCGGGGUGACUGUGCUGUGCAUCAUGGAUUACGACGUGCUGCAGUACUGCGACUUCUUCGGCUCCCUCAUGUGCGUUUGGGUCACCCUCAUCUGCAUGGCUCGCCUGCAGACCGUUGCCAAAGAGGUGCUGUACUUGCUCGGAGCGCUCGUGCUCGCCAUGGUGGUGCAAAUGGACCGACACGGACUGUGGAACCUGCUGGGGCCGACGCUCUUUGCCCUCGUGUUGCUGGCGAUCGCUUGGGCGGUGCGGAUGGUGCGGCGCCGGCACUGCUACCCGCCGUCGUGGCGCCGGUGGGUUUUCUUCCUGCUGCCGGGCACCGUCAUCGCGCUGACGGCCGUGAUGCUCUACGUGGUGGUGGAGACGGACAAGAACUACUACUACACGCACUCGCUCUGGCACAUGCUCAUCGCCGGCUCGCUGUCCUUCCUGCUGCCGCCGCGGGGCCGCCGCGUCACGCCGCUGCAGAAGGUGCAGCGCAAGGGCUGCGGCUACCGCCUGUGCAUCGACGAGCCGGACGACACUCAGCCUCUCGAGCCAGUGCUGCUCAACGUCAACAGCGUGUGUCCCUUGUAGCACGGACGGUGACCUGCUUACUCGUUCGGAGCCCACGUUGUUGUUGUUGUUUUUAUUUUUUUAAGCGGUCGCAAGAUAUUUUUCCGCCGCUCAGCGAGAUCGCGUUGCAGUUGCUCCUUGUCAAAGCGUUGACGCGCAGCCUUGUGAUGGCCACCCAAUGCAAGAGAACCGACUGGCAUUUUUUUAAAUUUAGGCUGCAGAUGGGUAACGAGGCAACUCUACGGCAGUUUUAUCCUUGCUAGUGCUCGCGAGAACAUCGACACUCGUCCGUAUGGGUUCUUAAGUUCACGAAACAUGCGUUGAAUUGUGCAAGGGUAAAUGUUUUUCAAUUGCCACCAAAUCCACUAGACGCGCUGCCAUUUAAUGCUUUGUAAAAUGGUGGCCCGGUGCAUUAAUGGUCACCAAUGACUGCGCACUCUAAGAAUUAAAUGUAUUGGUUUUACUUUCAUGUGAUAAACACCACUCUGUGGCACAACAGGUUGGAAAGUCCGCUUCUGUGAGUACUCACUUCGGUGAGAACUGUUCUCUGAUGUAAAGAGGUGCUACAAAUACUAAUUGAUUAUUGAAUCACGACCCAGAAUCGUGACAAUUCGUUCAAUCAGGGAACGGUUUAAUCUUUCCACUCCCAGAAUAAAUAUACCCAAUUUUGGCCAAUCGCUGGCUACCACUGGCCCAAGAGGCAACAAAAAGCUUGGCUGCUGUACAUUUACACCAUCAGAGGACAUGUCGGUUGUGAGUUUUUGUUGUUGUCGCAAUGCUGAUGCAAUGAUGCAAUGCAAUUGGACGGUUUAAUGUGGACUUACUGUAUUGGGAUCGAUUCAGUCUCUAUCGCACGGGCUGUAGAAACAUUCGCGUUGGCUUCCUGCGUUAUGUUUACAACUGUCCGAGGUGUGUGCCGCUGACAAACGUGUCGUGACGUGGACCGGCAGGGUUUGUAAGGUUAGCUGGUUGGUAAGUAGCUCUCAAUUGGUGCCUGACCUAAGGGGUUUAUGGAAUGUAACCAGACCUUCUGAUUUGGCAGGGACACUCACCUCAAUUUCAUAAAAGCUGUCCUGGUGUCCUCCGGACGCUUCUGUGUAAAUGGGGAUUUUCUCUGCGGGUUUAAAAUGUUCUGGCCCUUGUGAUGACACGUGCAACGGGUGGGGCUACCCGGUGCAGUGGGCAGGGUCGACAGAGAAGAGUAGGCGAGGCCUAUGAGCAAUGGGUGAGGCCCUGUGUCGGAAAGACUGAGGCCCACUCUUAUGUUGGGUGGAAGUCGAUGCCAGGAAGGGGUUCCAGCCCCCCACAACUGUGCCCUGGCGGAGCCUCCCAAGAAAAUUGGUAGCUUUAGAUUUUGGGCGAGGUUGUGGCCUCGCGUAAAUGUGUGCAACAGGUUUCGUACGUUCUACCGUCCUGUGUCAAUGCACUGCUGGAUGAAGGCAUUAACGCACCAUGCGGACUUGCGGAGUUUGUUUGACCGUGCUUCAAUGCUGGUCAGCAGGGGUUGGGUUAAGGCAGGGGGGAGUAUUUGAGAGUAGUGAAGUACAGUUGCGCAAUGGAGCGCCGUGCUGCCCACCACAUAACCCCACAGCCUAUAACAAGCUGUGGUGCGCGUGGCGGUCGCCUGUCCAAGCACCAGCCAGGCCAGGCCACGCUUAGCUUCCAAGCUCCGAUGAGAUCGGGUGCUUUUCCAGGCGUUGUUGGUCAUUCGGCGUGCGACAGUGACCGUGCGAAUUACGGUCGCGACUCCACCGCACAUCUCUCUGUUGGCUGCUAUGGACGUGCGAUUGCUGGUAUCUACAAGUUGCACAUACAGGGAACGGUGUCUUUUUAUUUUUUGUAUAACUUCUGACUUUUAGCCUUGCAUCUGUUAAGUGGGCGGGGGGCGGGUGAUUGUGAUGCACGAGAGGAAAUCACUGCACAUUGAUCAUUUACGUACAUUCUACAAGAUAUUUAUUUUGCAUAACGUGACGAUGACUCAUGCGUGCGUGGAUUUUUUUGAGUACCGUAUGCAAGUGUCGAGUGAAUCGUACGCGCACGUGAGUUAUGUGUGUUUCCUACUGCUACAGCUCAGGUUAAUGGACUAAUGGAACUACUGUAUAAAAUGUAACAAAUUUGGUGAAUGGACUCAUUUUGCAAGUACACUGUGGGGUUUUCUUUUUAAACGAUUACAUGUACAUUUUGUCGGUGAUAUGAUUGUGUAUUUUAUUAAGGUAGUGGACUACCUGCCAUCUCUGUAGAUUGCGGGUGAAAUAAAUUGAGUGGCACAGUUG